AGAGAAUAUAAAGUGUCAGGAUAUUGUUACCAGGAAGUGGGUCGAGUUAUUUAUAUUUCAACGCUCGUUAGUUCGCACCCAUGAGAGGCCCGGCGGUAGUAACCUAAAACUAAAUAUUCAUACAUUGUCUGGUUGUGGCUGAAUCAACCUGACGGAGGACAACCGGCUUUGCAUCUGCGAACGACAAGAAUCCAAAGAAAAUAUCUGUCCGUGUAAAUUAUGUAUAGAGUCUGUGUGGGAGGAUGAGGUGACCCUGUGAGGGCAUCGGCAUUGACAGGUUUGGAAAGUAAGCAAGCCAGAACUCUUCCAGUCCAGUUCCAGUAGCUUUUUGGAUUUUCCAUAUCGUCCCAGCUUCUUGUGAGUUGGUGCUGUAAUCCUGGGAUCGCUGAGCACCUCAGAUGAUCUGGAUGGGUCUGGAUACCUGGAUCAGACAGGAGUUGGGAUGAAGCUCCAUGAGAAGAUUCUGACCCAUUACCUAUCGUGCACCUCCCCUGUAGAUAAACAGGGAUAUCUCUUCAAAAAGAAAGAGCGGAAUGCCAUCUACCAGCGACGGUGGUUUGUCCUGAAGGCCAACCUGCUUUUCUACCAGGAGCGGCCGGCCGACCGGCACCUGCUGGGCGUCAUCGUGCUGGAGGGGUGUGAAGUGCAGCGCUCGGACUCAGACGGGGAGUUGGCCUUCUCCCUGGUGUUUGGACCUGGCCUCAAAACCUACACAUUUGCAGCCGGGGAUCAUCAAACCCAGGAGAGCUGGGUGAAGGCGUUGUUCUCGGCCAGCCACUGUUACGUCUCCCUGCUGCUGAGGGACCUGGCCAGGCAGUAUGAAGAAGCUAAGCAGCAUGCGGGCUGUGGCGAGCCGCGCUGCUCGGUCGGUGCCCUCAGCCUGUCCACCAGCAGCCUCUCCUUCACCGCCCAGGCUCCUUCAGCGCUGGUCAGGGAGGGAAGAAGCUUCAGCGCCAGCUCUGUUUUACAAGCCCCCUCAAAACCGGCCAAAGUAGUGGUGAGAAAGUCCCCCAAACUGUGGUCCAGGAGAAACGCUUACGUCACCCCGCUGAACGGGCCAGCGCCGUCGUACGGCGAAUGGCCUUUGGUGGGGUCAGAUCCACUCGAGGAGUUCAGCAAGCUUCACGAUUAUUACGGUCAGGAAGUGAAGAAAGCCAGAGAGGAGUGGCUGAGAAGUCGACGAACGCCAGAGGACGGAGAUCUCAUCGACUUGGGCUGAAAACAAAGCAAAGAUUAUAAAAAAGACUUGAAGAGAUUCUUUAAGAGGAACUGAGACGGAGUCAUAAUCAUACGUCUGUGUCAAACAGGAACUAGACCUCCACCUACACCUGCAGUGUUUAGAGUUAUUUGGUAUUUAAAUCCACAAAGCUUAAGGGUAGACACCUGUAUGUGCUCAAAGUGGAUCUGUUUUACACCUUUGGGGCUUUCUGUUGGAGGUUUAUGUCACAGUUUCUCGCUUUUUCCUGAUUUCAUUAAGAAAACAAUGUUUCACACGUGAUUAUGUUUCUUGUUAAUGACAGAUGCUGCUGCUAUGUUCUCAUUUGCCCCUUUUCAUUUAUUAAGUGGAGUGUAAAUAUAGUAAUUGCAUGAAAUUGUGACAGUAUAAGUCAAAGAGACGCACCCGUUUGCACCCUAUCUGAAAGUCUGUGACAGAAAGUCACUGAUGCACAUUUCCCAUUUCUUGUUUGUUCCCCUCCACUUCUGCUCAGUAGAAACAAGCGUACACAUGGGUUAUGAUUCAGUAUUAUUCAAUCAAGUAUUACAUAUUUUUCUGUAAAUUAAAUAAUUUAAUUAAAGUUGGAUGACAUUUCUCUUUAAAAGUGAGUUAAUAUGCAUUCCUAUGAAAGCUGUUUCUCAAAAUUAUUCUAAAUAAUACUGCUGGAGAUAUGCAAGGCAUAAGUGGUAUUUUCCUUUUUUUUUUUCAAGAGGGUCUUUUGUCCCAGUUGCAGGGGCAUCAAUUGGGUAUGGCAAGGUAUGGCAGCCGCCACACCUUGGC